AACAUCGCAACUCUAGACCCUUGGAAUCUGCUCAUCUGCUGUUCCUUCUCCACAUUGUUGUUUCCGAACUUAGUGUGCAUUUAAAUUUUUCCUAAUAUUGGUUAUUGUUCGUGUUUUGCUGCUGAAAAUUAGCUGAGGAAUUAUUUUAAACGACAGUCAGUCUAUGGCACCAGCAGAAGAGUCAGAUAGCGGAAUGGAGUCUUUGUCUGCCAGCAGCAAGGAUCUCACCCCAGAGAAACCGACUGUUGCUGCGAUCACGGAAGAUGACGAUGAGGACGAAGAUGAGGACGAAACAUUAGCUGAGAGACUUUGGGGGCUGACAGAAAUGUUCCCUGAACCUGUUCGGAAAGCAGCUGGCUUUACCUGUUCCACAACAAAAGCUGGGGUUGUUGGAUUUUAUUCAUUACUGAGAGCAUCCUCCUGGGUUUUCUUCUCCACGUCUAUCGUUUUGUUUGCUCCUGUGAUAUUUGAGACGGAGCGAAUCCAGGUUGAGGAAAUGCAAAAGCAGCAGAACAGACAGCUCAUCUUGGGUCCAAAUGCAGCCAUGGCAGGAGCUGGACCCCAGCGGUAACUUUCUGCUAAUUUAGUCGUAGAGAAAAAGAGCAGUUGAGGAAAAGAGCAGUACAGUUAAAAUGAACCCAAUUCCUAUCACCGAUGUUUAUGUUUACCGUGUAAAACCAGCACAGUCCAUCCCAGAAAAGGGAAAUCGUUCUAAUGUUUUUGCUUUCAUCUAUUUUUAUGUAAGUGCUCAAAAUAUGCGUCAGAGCUCAGAAUCGCCUUUGCGGCGCUUGAUCUGGUUGAGUUCUUAUCAUAUUUUUGAGUAAUUUUGUCCAAAUCAGCAGUUGAAUUCAAAUUACAAAAAUAUAUGCGUUUAAUUACUGUAUUUCGCCAUUUAAAAAUAUAGCUAAUCAAAGAAAA